UUUUCGACUCUUGUUUUCCUUCUGUGAGUUGAUUAUUUAGAUUUCGUUUACGUAUGUAAAUCUUAUCUUUGCUUAUAUAUUGCCUUGGAAAUGGUCAAUUGCUCCUAAAACUAUCCACGAUUCCUUUUAUUCUUAACAUUAAUUAGCAUUAAAAAUGCUAGAGCAAAGCUUUAAAUUUUCGAAUUUUGAUUGCAUUGGAUUCGAUUUGGAUAACACUAUAGCUAAAUUCAAGAUAGGAGCUAUGGUUGAAUUGGAAUAUAAAGUAUUAGCUCAAUUUUUAUUGAAGAGAGGAUAUCUCAGAAAACAUCUAGAAGUAGAAAUAGAUUUUGACUUCAUUCAGAAAGGGUUGAUAUUGGAUGGCCAAAAAGGUAAUAUUUUGAAGAUUGCGGGCGAUGGAAAAAUAUUACGAGCUACUCAUGGUACCAAGCCAUUAUCAGAUGAAGAGAUUGAAAAAUUUUACAAAAAUCGCCACUGGGAAUUGACAGAUUUAUUUGUUCAAAAUCCCAUGCAAGUUUGGAAUGGCCCAAAUUCAGAAAGAAUGCGAUCCCUGUUGGACUACUUUGAUAUAAUAGUUUCUUUAGUAUUUGCCAGAUGUGUCGACUCAGUGGAUGAAGAAAGAAAUGGAAUCCAAGAAGAGUAUUCUAUUUACGAUGAUAUUUAUGAUGGACUUCUAGAAAUGUUCAACAUUGAGCAUUUUCAGACCAACCAAGGUGGAUACUAUUCAGAAUUGAAGUCAAAUCCAGAGAAAUAUUAUCAUAAGUGUUCUAAUAAAGUAAUUGAUUGGUUGAAAACAUUGAAAAGUCAAGGAAAGUUACUUUUUCUGAUCACUGGGUCUUACAUUGAUUUUGCUUCAUUGACUGCGUCAAAUACAUUGGGUCCAAAUUGGAAGGACUAUUUCGAUAUCAUUGUGACUUAUGCUAAAAAGCCUGGCUUUUUCACAUCGGAUAGGAAAUUUAUUGGCCUAGAAGGCAUUAAUCAGACAGGACAGAUCAAAGUUGAAGAUUUGAAGUUAGGUGGAACAUAUGUGAAUGGAAACUGGCAGGAGCUUUACCAGUUUUUGAUGACACAUUCGCCUAAGCGAUACCCAAGGUUUUUAUACAUUGGAGACAGUGUGGUCCAAGAUAUUUAUGCUCCUGAUAUAUAUUCUCACUGUGAAACUGUAGCUAUAUGUGAAGAAUUGUGUAUUGAUGAAAAGUAUGGUGUCCAUCCUGAUGAAAAAGUUAUUAAUUCCGAGUUUUGGGGAUCUUAUUUCAAGGACAAAGGUGUUGAUACAAUUUGGAGUAAAAUUAUUGAUGAAAAUGCCAAACUCUGCAUUCCCGAUUUGGAAUAUGCUGCUGGUUUACCAUAGUUACAACUGAAGUGAUUUUUUUAAUACUGUGCCAUAUCUAAAGAAAGUUUCAAGUUUUGAAGUUACCUUUUAAAAUGCCAUUUUUUAUUUGUUUAACUCUCUUGUUAAGUAUGUGAUGAAAAUCAUGUUUAAGUCUUUCUUGUGUUUCCGACAGAAAGUUGGACCAAACAUUUCCACCCUCUUAGUUAUCUCCUAUUUUUAACUAUUUCGUCUGAAUGGCUAUUUUGAAUUGAGUUGUAUUUAUUUUAAUAAAAAUUAUUUUAAGAUUA